UGGGUCACGUGACCGCGGUCAACUGCGCGAUGUGAAACGCAUGAGUUGCAUAAAGUGGCGAGCUAGUGACAGCGGCGAAGUCGUAAUCGUGUCGUGGAAAGCCGGCAUUUUCCAGCGGUUUAUAACACAAACGGGACACACGAGUUUGCGACAAUGGAGAUCGUGAUACGUUCGGCGAAAUCCUCCAUGUUGAUAGCUAACGUGAAUGUGAACGCAAACACUACCAUAGGAGAAAUCAAGAAGAAGUUGUAUGACUUAGGGAAAGCACCGUAUGCAGCAAGGCAAAAUCUGAAAUUGGAUGUCAAGGGAAUAACAUUGUCUGACUCUGAGACAGUGAAGUCUCUGUCACUCAAGGCAGGUAGCAUAUUGUAUUACAAGGAUCUUGGCCCUCAGAUUGGCUGGAAGACUGUAUUCCUCAUGGAAUAUGCAGGACCAUUGAUAGUGUACCUUUGGCUGUAUCAGCGUCCAUGGUUGUUCUAUGGCAAUGUUGAGACUGAUAAUUAUCACUAUGUAGUUAAUUUCGCAGCGGGCUGUUGGACGGUGCACUACGCGAAGCGUCUCUAUGAGACUCUGUUCGUCCACCGUUUCAGUCACGCGACAAUGCCAUUGCGCAAUUUGUUCAAAAAUUGUUCCUAUUAUUGGUUGUUCACUAUGUACGUGGCUUACCACGUAAAUCAUCCAUUGUAUACGGCUCCGUGCUGGGGCAAAUUCUACACCGGGGCAGCUGUGUUCGCGCUUUGCGAACUGGGAAACCUCUGCGUGCAUUUAGCACUGCGGGAUUUGAGACCACCGGGCACUACAGUCAGAAAAAUUCCCAUGCCGACUAAUCUUUUCACCGGACUCUUCCGGUAUGUCUCUUGCCCGAACUAUACGUACGAAAUAGGAAGCUGGAUAGGCUUCACCGUGAUGACGUCGUGUCUUCCAGCUGGUCUGUUUGCGAUCGCUGGUGCGUAUCAGAUGGCCGUAUGGGCGUUGGGAAAACACAAAGCGUACAAAAAGGAAUUUCCGAGUUAUCCGAAGAACCGUAAAGCCAUCAUUCCGUUUAUCCUCUAAGCCGAUUAUAUUUAUAUCGAUUCCUCUGCGGAACAACGUUACUAAUUAUCGGGGUGAGGUUUUAGUAAGUUAUUCGACUCCGAUUUUGAUGAAAUUUUACAGUUACGCAGUACUAGUUAAACGUUGUCGAAGUCCCCUAUUCGGUAUAUUUACUCAGUUUCAAUAAACUGAAAGAUUCCAGCAAAAUAUGUUUGAAUUUUAAUUAUCUUUUUAUAUCGGAAUCUUGGAAAACGUUAAUUAAGUCGGAUAAUUGAAAUUCUUAUUUCUUGGAAACUUUUCCGCAACUCCGCACUGAUAGCUUUGACUACGUUCAGUAUAAAUACUAUAUACCUAUAAAAUUUCAUCAAAAUCGGAGGUAGUUUACUAAAGUUAAACUAUUAUCGGCCCUGCCUUUGAUUUUAUUGUUAUUUUUCACUUCUGAGAUAUAUAUAUAUAAAAGUAUGUAUUGUAAAACUUCGUCAUUCUCUUCGUCGUAUGUGACGAAUAACAACAAAGUAACAUUUGUACAAUCGCAAAAGAAGUACAUACAGGGUACACAUAAAAGGAAUUUUAUUUCCUCUGGUUUUCUGUCCUCGGUGUAUAAUAUAAUACCGUGUAUAUUGUAAGCAUAUGUUCUCGAACUAUUUCCAUAUAUAUAUAUAUAUAUAUAUAUAUGUAUACAUGUGUAUAUAUAAAUAUCGCAAUAGUACCUUAUCAUUGAA